AUGUGGCUAUCUAAUGAUAUGGGUGGUGAUAAAUAUGAAAAAAAAAGGCAUUUAAAUGGUAUCAUAUCUGCUAGAGGCGGGCAAGAAUAUCAAUAUGGACAUUACUACGGCGAAGAUAUAUUUCUAUGGAAGAGAAAAUUUGA